CAAUCCUCCAUAUCGAUGGUUAAUGAGAUGAAUGGACUCCUUAUGAGGCUUGGACAAUCUGUUUUAUCCUUCCUUCCUUCCUUCUAUUAUAAGUACUAAAUACAAACUCCCAAAUUCAACACCCACAUUAAAAAAAAAAUGUCUUCAGUUUCCUCCAAAUAUCCGGCCAUUGCUAGCUCUUCAGACAAUGAAUCUUGUAAACCACUUCUUCAAGUUCGAGAAAUCCCAGGUGACUAUGGUUUCCCAUUCUUCGGAGCUAUUAAAGAUAGAUAUGAUUAUUACUACAGCCUCGGAGCAGACGAAUUCUUCCGUACGAAAUCCCUAAAGUAUAAUUCUACUAUAUUCAGAACGAACAUGCCACCAGGUCCAUUUAUUGCUAAAGAUCCCAAAGUCAUUGUUCUUCUCGAUGCUAUAAGUUUUCCUAUUCUUUUCGACUGUUCAAAAGUCGAAAAGAAGAAUGUUCUUGAUGGCACCUACAUGCCAUCAACUGAUUUCUUCGGUGGAUAUCGUCCUUGUGCAUUUCUCGAUCCAUCUGAACCAAGUCAUGCAACACAUAAAGGGUUUUAUUUAUCUAUAAUCUCAAAACUGCAUACUCAAUUUAUUCCUAUAUUUGAAAAUUCUGUUUCUCUACUGUUUCAAAAUCUUGAAAUUCAAAUAUCUAAAGAUGGAAAAGCUAAUUUCAACGACAUUAGUGAUGCAAUGUCGUUUGAUUUCGUUUUUCGUUUGUUGUGUAACAACACAAAUCCCCUUGACACAAAACUUGGCACUACUGGUCCAAAAUGUUUUGAUUUAUGGAUGUUGCCUCAAUUGGCUCCAUUGGUCACUCUUGGUCUAAAAUUUGUCCCCAAUUUUUUGGAAGAUUUAAUGUUGCAUACUUUCCAAUUGCCAUUUUUUAUAAUUAAAUCGAAAUACCAGAAGCUUUACGAUGCUUUUAACGAGCAUGCUGGAAGUACACUUGAUGAUGCUGAGAAGAGUGGGAUCAAAAGAGAUGAAGCUUGCCACAACUUAGUUUUUCUUGCAGGUUUCAAUGCUUAUGGUGGAAUGAAAAUUCUGUUUCCGUCACUGAUGAAGUGGGUGGCAAGUGGAGGAAAGAGUUUACACACUCCUCUAGCAAACGAAAUCAGGACGAUCAUCAAGGAAGAAGGUGGGUCCAUUACUCUAUCAGCAAUCAACAAGAUGAGUUUGGUUAAAUCAACGGUGUAUGAAGUGUUGAGAAUUGAACCACCCAUUCCGUUCCAGUACGGUAAGGCUAAAGAAGAUAUCAUGGUCCAAAGUCAUGAUUCAAAUUUUUUGAUUAAAAAAGGUGAAAUGAUAUUUGGAUAUCAAACAUUUGCAACAAAAGAUGCAAAGAUAUUUGAAAAUCCAGAAGAGUUUAUUGCAGAGAGAUUUAUGGGUAGUGAAGGAGAAAAAUUGUUAAAAUAUGUUUAUUGGUCAAAUGCAAGAGAAACUGAUAGUCCAACGGUCGAUAACAAACAAUGUGCAGGAAGAGAUCUGGCUGUGCUGUUGUGCAGGUUGUUGUUGGUGGAAUUUUUCAUGCGUUACGACACAUUUACUGUGGAGUCAAGUAAAUACUUGGCUGGACCAUUAAUAACUUUCAAGACAUUGGAGAAAAAGGCGAUUUGAAUUGAUUAAUCUUCACUUAGCCAAGGUGUGGUUAUUCUGAACGUUUGUUGGUGUAUUACUGAUGAAUUUAGUGGAUGUAAUAAUUAAUUAUAUCUUUUUAUUGCUGAA